CAGUUUGAACUGAACGGGUUUAACCUGGAUUGUUCUGAUAGGCUGAUCCAGAUCCAAUCAACAGCUGCUGUUCUGUCUCUUCCGUACAUUCACACAGCGCACUGCACGCUCCUGCUCAUCGCUCACAUCAGUGCACCUGAGGUUUUGCUGCUCCCCUCGUCCCCAGAUGUAGAGGGAGUUGUCUUCUGCAGCAGCCGUGUACACAUCUCUUGUGCUGUCCAGUGACGUUGCCCACCAUGCGCGAGUACAAGCUAGUGGUGCUGGGUUCAGGAGGCGUGGGAAAAUCAGCACUGACAGUCCAGUUUGUGCAAGGCAUCUUUGUGGAAAAAUAUGAUCCCACAAUAGAAGACUCAUACAGAAAGCAAGUUGAGGUAGAUGGACAGCAGUGCAUGCUUGAAAUCCUGGACACAGCUGGAACAGAACAGUUCACAGCUAUGCGGGACUUAUACAUGAAGAAUGGCCAAGGGUUUGCCUUGGUGUACUCAAUCACAGCGCAGUCGACGUUUAAUGACCUGCAGGACCUCCGGGAACAGAUCCUGCGAGUAAAGGACACUGAUGAUGUUCCCAUGAUCCUGGUGGGAAACAAGUGCGAUCUGGAAGAUGAGCGUGUGGUUGGAAAGGAUCAGGGCCAGAACCUGGCCCGUCAGUGGAGCAACUGUGCCUUUUUAGAGACUUCAGCUAAAUCAAAGAUCAAUGUUAAUGAGAUUUUCUAUGAUCUGGUGCGGCAGAUCAACAGGAAGACACCGAUGGAAAAGAAGAACACAAAAAAGAAGUCAAAUUGCACACUGCUCUAAAACGCCCUCCUGCGUUAGCUCCAGGCCAGAAACUCUGUAAUGAUUAACUGUUUCCCAGUGGGUCGUGCCUGCAUCCUGAGUCCUCUCCGGAACAUCUUGAAAUCGGCUGACAGAGAUACUUCACCACGUGUAAAAUGGCAGGAUCAUGGCACAUAAUUUCAAGAUCUUCUCUGCUUUGAAAUGGGAAAGAAAUCCACUUUUUUUGUGUAUUGUCAGCCUGAUCUGCUUUUUUUUUUUUCUUCUUCUUCUUCAGGGUGUCUUUCUUUUGGAUAUAUCAGUGUAAAAGGGAGACCAUGGGUUUAAAUCCAUAUAUGAGAACUAAAUGUUUUAAUUAACGUUAAUCUUUGCAUAUUGUGACAAUAUGUUUGCAAAAGAAACAGUGAAAUGUUGGCCUUCUCAUACAUUUCUGCACUAACAGUGUCAAUGAAAACACAUCAUUGUCCAUAAGUUACUACUUGCUCCUACUUAUAAGGACAUGCAUUGAUAAAAUAACAUCUUUCCUAAGUGACUUUGUUUUAUAUUGAGAGCUGCAAGCCUUCCAUAUUUCCCAUAAUAUAUUAUACUUCCAUUUUUGCAUAAUAAAGCUAAGAAAAUUAGUAUUUUAUAGACUGAUGGGGAUCUGGUGCAUCUUGAUUUGUCUCUCAAGCCUGAAAAUAUAUUGUACUAAAACAAAUCUAUUACUUCUAGUGUUACUCUGUCGCACAUGAUUUUCAAGCUUUAAUGAAUUAUUAAAUUUGAGUACAGUAUAAUUUUA